CAUUGUCGUAGAGACAAGUGCAGCUCUUCUGCGUUUAAUUGAACGAGAUCAUUACUAUUGAAGGUUUUGACAAAACACCAACACGUAACACCCCUCUCUCUACGGUUGAUGACAGACCGUCCGUGAAGGCUAGAUUCUCCACUUCUUGUUUUUACCACCAGGGAUGAAGUCUUGAAUAUCUGCUUUGACAGGGUGAAUAGCUUUUGUAUACCAGCUCACUUGUAUAAUAACAUGGACGUUAGGCUUGACUCGGGUGAAACUUAGCGUGAAGGCAUCGUAGAGUCGUGAGUGAGUCUAGUUGAUGGAUUAACUAUCAGGUGGCGCUUAAUGAAUAGCUUCUUGCUGUGCCGAUUGUGUGAUUACUCCUUGAUUGAUUCAUCAAUGAAUAGUUUUAUUGGUAACCCUCAAUGGCCACCUAGUGGACAAGGUAUAAAAAGAUGUAGAAUGUGUAGUUUCAUAGUAACUUAAAUAAAGACUUCAUGUUACGCCCUCUAUUGAGUGUAGUUCCAGAUUCACCCUGAAGCGUUUGGGCACACCCGACUCUCCAGCUAUUUCGCCACAAAGUCUCGCUUACACGGUGGCGCCUUUCGAAGCCGUAGGUAUGACAGGCUUGGAAAAGACGGACAAACUAGGUACGGGGACACCACCUGCUCCACCAUCGCACAGUGCCGCUUCCCCAACACACCUAAUUCAACAGACACCGCUCUUUCAAGAUGGAUACUCUUUGCCUCCGCCACCUUUUCAGAGCGUUCCUAAUGAGGCCAUGCAUAUAGGAGGAGCUAUGCCUACUCAGUGUAACAUGCACAGAGCACACUCCAGAUCCAUGUCGUCUCUACCCCCCGAACCUUUCAUGAUUAUGCGUAGUAAGGCCUUAAAUCGAAGGGUUACCAUCAACGUGGGAGGGGUGAAGCACGAGGUGCUGUGGCGCACUCUUGAAAGGCUUCCACACACUCGACUUGGUCGUUUGAUAGAGUGUAACGCGCACGAGGCUAUCAUGGAGCUUUGCGACGACUACAGUCUGGUGGACAACGAAUAUUUUUUUGACAGGCAUCCGCGAUCUUUCAGCUCAGUGCUUAACUUCUAUCGCACAGGAAAGCUCCAUCUGGUAGAGGAAAUGUGCGUACUGGCUUUCAGCGACGAUUUGGAAUACUGGGGAAUUGAUGAACUGUACCUGGAGUCCUGCUGUCAGCAGAAAUAUCACCAGCGUAAAGAACACGUGCACGAGGAAAUGCGCAAGGAGGCAGAGUCACUUAGGAAAGGGGAAGAGGAAGACUUUGGAGAGGGACGUUGUGCUCAGUAUCAGAAAUUUUUGUGGGACCUUCUUGAAAAACCAACUUCGUCUCUAGCAGCAAGAUCUUCUUCUCUCGCCUGUGUAUACCUAACUAGCCGUAUUUCUGUGUCUGUUUGUCUGUCUUGUCUUCGUGCCUCACGUGACAUACUUUCACACUUGAUGGUGGGAAUGGUCGUCGCUGUGCUCUCUAUUCUAUUUAUAGUUCUAUCGACAAUCGCUCUGACCCUCAACACGCUGCCCCAGAUGCAGGUGGAGGAUAAGGAUGGCCAGCAGGGUGGAGAUAAUCCUAAGCUGGCCAUGGUGGAAGCUGUAUGCAUAACGUGGUUCACGCUGGAGUACCUCUUGCGGUUUAUUUCGGCGCCAAAUAAAUGGAAGUUCUUUAAAGGUGGAUUGAACAUUAUAGAUUUGCUAGCUAUUAUGCCGUACUUUGUGUCUCUGUUUCUCAUUGAAUCCAAUAAGCACACAGACCAAUUUCAGGACGUCAGACGUAUUGUGCAAAUCUUCCGAAUCAUGAGGAUUCUUCGAAUCUUAAAAUUAGCCCGUCACAGCACGGGGUUACAGAGUCUUGGGUUCACACUGAAAAACAGUUACAAGGAACUCGGGUUGCUCAUGCUAUUUCUGGCCAUAGGGAUCAUGAUCUUUUCAAGUUUGGCAUAUUUUGCUGAAAAGGAUGAGCCAGACACCAAAUACACCAGUAUCCCAGAGACGUUUUGGUGGGCGAGUAUCACCAUGACAACUGUUGGCUACGGUGAUAUCUACCCGACCACACCUUUUGGGAAGAUGAUAGGGAGUGUCUGCUGUAUCUGCGGGGUGUUAGUCAUUGCUCUGCCCAUUCCCAUUAUCGUUAACAACUUCGCCGAGUUCUACAAGAACCAGAUGCGAAGAGAAAAAGCACUGAAGAGGAAAGAAGCACUGGAGAGAGCCAAGAGGGAUGGUAGUAUAGUUUCAUUCCACCACGUGAACCUGAGGGAUGCCUUUGCCAAAUCCAUGGACCUCAUCGAUGUGCUGGUGGAAACUGGUCACAAUAUUAGUCAAGUGGAUGCCACGAGUCUGGGAGAAGAAUCGGCACGGUUUCAUACAGGAACCGGUUGUUAUAAAAACUUCGAUCGCACCAUGCAUGGGGGGCUACUAAGCCGUCGAAAGGACUCUCAAGCUCAGUCACUUCCCCUGGAGACCAUAAAUCCCACCGCUAACAACCUGGUCGACUUCUCGGUCUUUAAAAAUAAAAAUGGUCCAACAGAGGGUUAUAACGGGGCUCCUGAGGACACAAGACCGAAUCCUCUUGACGCAAUCACCAAUGACUAUCAGCAGGAGUAUUCCUCGCCAGAAAUUGGAGACUUUAUUAUUGACCAGGAUUUUUGCUGUACUGAAGAUCUUCAAGCAAACAUUGAAAUGAAGACAAUUAAUAAAUGGGACAUGGGAAGCGUCGAUAGUUCUGAUACCUAUGCAAGCUGUAAUACUAACCCAUUUGAUUCUCAGGCAGACCUGACCACUGAAGAUUCCACUCCCGCACGAAGCAACCUAUAUGUAAACCCCCUUGAAGACCCCUUGCAGAUAGGGUCAGCCCCAGUGACACGGAAAUCUUUGGAGGUUCCAGUGUCCCACCCCUCUGUUGCUUUAACUCUCAGCAGCUCUUCUGGAGACAGUUACGAUGAAUCCUCAGGAAGAACGAUUAUUGAACAACCCCAGACUGACACACACAAUGCCUUCAACACCCUGUCAUCUCAGAAGAAACCGCGUUUUCUACUAGGACUGAAAUCUAAAACUCGUUUAGAUGAAAUGGACUCUCCACAACGAAGUUUUCAAUCCUCCACAGACUCCCUCAUUACAUCUGGUAACAGACCAAAGGUUGGAAUUAAAACGCCAUUCUCCUCUCGAGCAAGAUCUUUGGGAAGGAGCCAUUUCUUUGGAGAUACGGAGCCCAGCCCAGCCUCUCGGCAUCUACAACCAAGUCCGGAGGUCAGUAAGAAGAAAUCCAUCCUGAAGAAAGGAGAUAGCAUCCACAAAGAAGAAAUGGAAAAACUGCUAGCCGAUCCAACACAUAGUUUAUCCAAACAGAACUCUGAAGAAGUCAGUAGUGAAGAAACUUUUUCUCCUACUCUAGGUAGUUCUAUGGGCAAACUACCUCUGAAGGCGAUUGGUCCAAAAACGGGAACCAGACCUCACGCUCAACCAAUCAAGUUUCUAGGUGUUCUUGAGGACAAUAAAAUGCUGUCCAACAAGGGGAGUCCAUCUCCCAGUACAACAGGCCCUCGUCUUUUGAGUCCAAGACCCCAGUCCAGAAGAGCUCUAACCCACGACGGUGUUCACUUUUCGGGUGCUCCCUUGAGCCGGACGCUGGUCAAGCAAGCACGUGUAAAUGAACUUAAUCCUAAAAUAAGUGAACCUCUUGGAGCAAUGGAGAGUGAUCUACCACCCCCUAUAAGCACAUCUGCGCAGUGUACUAUAAAUAACUCCGAAAGAUACUGUAGUAAUCCGUUGUGUAUAUAUUCUUAUAACCCUAUAGCACAGGCCUCGUCAUCCCCUAGUAUUUGUAUAUGUGGCCACCAGGUGGCUCCCUUGCUCUCUUCUUUGCCCAUUACAGAUAUGAGCCGUGAUCAUUCUAGGUUGACGACAAACAUGCCAAACGAUUCCUUUGAAUUGGUCGAUUUGUCUAAAGAAGAAACAAAGCUGCUGGAAAGUGAAAAGUACCAGAAAAACCCAUCAUCUAAUGAUGCUUCCGUCUUAUCGUAGCAGUUCAGUGACUCUGGACAGCUGUUGUUUUUAGAAUGAAUCUUCAAGCCCAUCAUCGUUUACUGGUUGGAACUAUAACUAACUCUGUGACGCAAAGCGGAAACGACUGUAAACUUUACACUGUGGUGCUUUUCUUACUGCCACCUGCCUACAACACUUAAUUCAAUUAUUAAUUCUGUCCCUACUUCUAAAACUGACUUGACCAGUGGCGGCUCGUCAGAAGAGGGAAAAGGAGCCCAUGCCUUCUGAAAGAUUUUGAACAGAUUAAAUAUUACUUAUUUUGUAUAUUAAUACCUUUAUUAUUUUUGCUUGCUUUGGGCGCAACAUUCUUUGUAGCAAAACGCUUAAAAAAUCUUGUCCUGCUCUGUGUCAUUUAUGGAGGUGACAUCUGGUGCCGAUAAACAAAGACCAAUUGUACCUCUCGGACCUUUUAUUAUCUAUCAACUUCUGCGAGAAGAUUCGAACCUUAUUCUGAGUUUAACAAAGAUUUUUAAUGUAGCCAAUCAGAAUCUAAGUUAAAAAAAAACAACCAGUGAAAACCAUUUAAAGAAAACUUUGCACGACCGUUCAUGGGGGUACAUAUUUGAUUCUCUUAUUGUUCACUCAGUGUUUUUAAGGAUAUAAGUAAUUCAAAGUGAAUUUCAUUAACUGAUAUGGAGCGGAUUGGUUAAAAAAGUGCGACGACCUAUCUUAAUAUAGAGGCUAUUUUGGAGUUUUACAAUUCAAAGUAUAGUCAAGCCUAGUUUGACACAACGACGUUACCAAUGUGUUUGCAGCUAUGAAAAAAAUUCACGUAUAAAUAAGUCGAGACACCUAAAGUAAGAGCUUAUUUCAGUGUUCUCUAGUUUUUUUGGGUGAGUUUAAAAAUAUCGUUGUCUCUUCCUCGAGGUUAACUACGAGCCGCCACUGGACUUGACAUGAUAUGUAUUAUCAGUCCAACAGCACAGCCACUCUUAUCCCUGUUUACUUCAUGUCUUAUCCAUCUGGUAGAUUAUUCAACCACGACCUUUUUCAAGGUUUCUCGGACAACAGUUUAUCACUCAGUUAAUAAGGGCAGCCUCUCUUAUCCCCAUUUACUUCGUGUCUUAUCCAUCUGGCAGAUUAUUCAACCACGACAUUUUUCAAGGUUUCUCGGACAACAGUUUAUCACUCAGUUAAUAAGGGCAGCCUCUCUUAUCCCCAUUUACUUCGUGUCUUAUCCAUCUGGCAGAUUAUUCAACCACGACUUUCUUCAGGCCUCUGAAACAGAUAAUCCAAACAUUCUUCUGUAGUUUUUUGUGACCAAUAUUUUACAUAGUUUUUCUUACAACACUUUUUAUAAUUACACAAAGUACAUGAUGUAUAUUAUAUUUAUCCAACCAUUGCCUUCGUAAUGAUUUUUCAAUAAAUAUCUUUUUAAUAUAACGCCAAACUUUACAAAUCACGCAAAAUAUAAUUUUCAAAAACAACAAUAUUAUUACUGUCAUGACUGCUAUUCUCAGUAAACUGUAUUCGAUAUUAAGCCGUUACUGGCCUAUCUUCUAAGUAUAUGUAUAUACGUUUAUGAAGGCAACAUCUUGGACAACAUAUUUAAAAACAGUCGAUAUUUUCAUACGUUUCAGUUUUCGUCCAAUUCAGAUGUAAACUGCCGCAUACUUGUUUUACUGGUCACUAAAGAGGUAACGAGUUCAAUGUUUUUAUAAUUAACAACAACAGAACAAGCACAUUAUUUUUCAGUCAUUGCCAAUGUAUAUUUUAUCAAAUGUUUUAUUUUUCAGGGUGAUUAUUUAUAUACAGUGUGUUCUAUCCCUCCUUCCAGACUUUACGAAUGUUUGUUGACCUUUCAAUCUGUCUUAACCUACGAGUUUUUGUAUAGACAGCAGUGUAAUAAGUAACUAGUUGUAGUCGACUAACGAAGUUUAAAAGUUAUACUUCAAGCAACCUCAACGCACCAACUGUUUCUCUAAUAACAAUCUUUGCUACAUUUGUCAUCGAUGUCCCAGCUGUCCCUGCAAUCGUUAUCGAUGUCCCAGCUGUCCCUACAAUCGUUAUCGAUGUCCCAGCUGUCCCUACAAUCGCUAUCGAUAUUCCAACAGAUGAUUAUUGAAGUUUCAACUGUUUCGCCAAUCACUCUCAAUGUCACAACUAUUUCUUCAAUUACUAUCGACGUUUCGACUGCUUCUCCAAUACUUCAGCUGUUUUUACUAUCGACGUUUCAACUGCUUCUCCAAUCAAUGCUGUUUUUUAGUAUCGACUGCUUCACCAAUACUUCAGCUGUUUUUUACUAUCGACGUUUCGACUGCUUCUCCAAUACUUCAGCUGUUUUUUACUAUCGACUGUUCUCCAAUACUUCAGCUGUUUUUUACUAUCGACGUUUCGACUGCUUCUCCAAUACUUCAGCUGUUUUUUACUAUCGACUGUUUCUUCAAUACUUCAGCUGUUUUUUACUAUCGACGUUUCGACUGCUUCUCCAAUACUUCAGCUGUUUUUUACUAUCGACUGUUUCUUCAAUACUUCAGCUGUUUUUUACUAUCGACGUUUCGACUGCUUCUCCAAUACUUCAGCUGUUUUUUACUCCAUUUCUUCGGUCACCAUUGGAAUAAGAAUUUUUUAUUAUAGAUACAAAGUGAAAUAAUUAACCAGCUACAAAGUCUUCGUUUCAAUGUUGGUUAUUGUUACAGAAUUAAUUUGCGUGAUAUAUUGUAUGUAGUUAAUUGUGUAUGCCUGGUAGGUGAGCUUCUAGUAUGGGCUUAGUCUGCUUGAAAAUAGGUUAUUAGAGACAAUUACCAAAUUUGCAAAAUCACAGACUGCCUGUACAGCAUCUCCAUACUAUUAAAGACCAGAAUGUGAUCUAAUUAAAACAAAUGAAAGAAAACAGUUUUAACUGAAUAAUAUAUUGAACUACACAUAUUUUAUAUGUGAAUACAAUCGCUGGACUUGAAAAUUCGCCACUAUUUAGCGCUUCUUUUUGAUUAUCCAAUCAGUGGUUGUGAUAGGCGAUUGUUCAAGAGCUCGUACUUCAUCAUUCCGAGUGGCCUGGUGUGGAAUUAUAAAGGUUGUGACAUUCCCAACAAUUCAGGAGAACUUCCUGCUGCAGCUCAACUGUUAUUUCUAUAAAACGCAAGAGCUUUGUUGAUUUGUUGAAUUUUUCUUCACAAUUUAUGUCGAUAGUCGUUUGUUAAUGGUGCUCUGAAAAAAAAAAAGAAAUUUGUGUGUGUGUGUGUGCGUUUUCACCAGGUGCUUAGAGCAUUAGGAAACUAAAAAGUCUGCACAAAUCUGAUUUCAACUAUGGUGUCGCUGUUUGAACAGCUAGCACUGGAUCCACAACAAAGAACUCACUGAUUGGAUAAUUCCAAUUUACACAUAGUAAGAACGACUUUUUUAUUGUUUGGUCAAACUUAUUUUCAAAUAUAGCGAGCCAAAGUAUUAAAAUUGGGAGAAUAGAACUUUAUGUAUACAGUUCAAAGUUGAAAACUGGAUAUGAAGCACAAGUUAAACCUACACAGUUUCAAGAAAAGCAUUUGGUCUCCUUAGGACAUUUCAAGAGUAACGUUUAAAUCAUGGAUUACUUAUCUCGCAAAGUGUACGCCCACGAAGUUUGAAUUCUUAACAAAAUUCUGCUCUCUUCUUAAUAUAUACUCACGAAUAUUUGGUAUUUUCGACAUUUUGUGUUUGUGACUGUGAUUAAUUGAAUUGUCAUUAAAAGAAAUAUAACAUAUUAUCGGAGAAAAAUAUUUGAUUUAUAGGAUUUAAUUUUAUUUAAAAGUUAAAAGAAAAAGGAAAUUGCGGCAGACGCUUAGUUUAAUUUAUGAAAUUCAUUUUAACAUAAUUUUAAGGUGUUUCUUUAUCAUUUAUCAAAUAAGUAGAGUUAAGUUUCGUCAUGAAUGUUUUGAUUUUUACGAUAAAAAAUAUUAUUUCAAUUACAGUUUCUGUUAAAGCCGCUAGGGCAGCAGCUCCUUAACUAAAGUCAAAUCGGCUGUAACAAUGAAGAACUUCAAAAAACAAAAUGAAAUCUCGGAAGCAAAACAGGCCUAAACCGAUUCAUUGGGGAUUGGAAUAUAAUAAUUUAAGUUGAAAAUAAAUAUUAAAAUUAUUAUUAUAUAUUUUGUGAUUUUAUUUUGUCGAUCAAACUAAAGGUUACUGUUGGGAAAGCAAUAGGCCUAAUGUUUAUGAUAAAACUUACGUUACGCUGCCAGAUAUCUACUAACAUUUCAAGCAUGCGCGAAUAAUGUUAUAAAGUGUACGCUUUUUUGAUUACUAAAUUGUUUAAUGUAGUUUUCUUCUGUUUAGUAAGCUUAAGCUUGCAUUGUUGCAGUGCUGAGAGACUAGUGUUGCAGCAAGCUGAAACUAGGCUCACUUCUUUUUUCCGUUUUACUUCCAUUUUUUACCACGUCUUUGUAACAAACUUGAACUAACAGUCCUCAUAUGUCUUUCUACUUCUUUAAAUUUUCUAAUUCGUACGUUCAGGUUUAAUUAAUUAUUGAUUUGUAAAACUUAACUGUGUGUGUUUGAACGAGUUCGUUCCAGCAACUGUAUGUCUUUUAAAAAUCGUUUUUCUCAUGUUUACAUGCAAGAACUAUUGAAUUGUGAACCAGUUUGCGACCGUUAUGCGCAACGACGAAAGAUGUACACAGAUUUGUAUGUUCUCCUUCAUUUACUGAACUUUUUAAUAAAGAAACUAACUUCUA